AUGGCACAAACGAAAUUCGCUGAACGAAAUGUCAGGAGCGCUUUUGCUGAAUUUCUGAGAACGAUACAAAGAAACAACAACGAAGAGACAGAUGAAUUCUUGUCAAGUGUCACUGAAACGGCGGGAACUCAGGAGGAAGAGAGAGAGGCCGAUUCACAGCAAGAUCUUUCAGCGAAACUCGAAGACGCUCUCCGGAAGAGUGAUGUCAAUGCGAUCUACCGACUCAUAGCUAAUGCAAAGGCAAGCGAAACCACGACAACAGCGAAAGAUACGGAAAAAAUCAAGACACUUGCUUCCUUACAGGUUGCGGAAAGGAAUAAAACGGAGCCCACCGAUCUCAUUGAAGCUGCCCUAGGAAAUGCUUGCCUUUUGGAAAAAAUUUCCUCAAACGAACGUCACUUCGACGGAGUUGAGUGUAGGGAGAGAGCAAAGGAAUGUGAGAAAUUUGCCACUGACAUCGUAGAGCAGAUAAACGCCGCUGAUUCAGGAAACCUGUACAAGAUUAUGGACAUUAAGGGAGAUGGCCCGUUGCUGAAAGGAAAUCACGAAAAUUUCAUUGGGAGUCUUAUUUGUAACGAGCCCCAAGUGCCAGCUCAUUUUUGAUGAGGUUGUUUACCGUGAGUGGCCCAUGUGGUACGAUAAAGGGCUGGCUGUGAAGACCCUUCGGUUCCUCUUUCACUUUAUUGUUAUGUCUUUUGGUAUCAUCGCUUACCUUUUCUUACGGCUUAUAAUGAGGGGCUGUUGUUGCUGUAAAUUAAACGAGAAAGAGGGAUUGUGGAGACUUAGAAAGCUUUACGAGCUCCCAUACUCCAAGUUCAUCAAUCAAACCAUGUCCUACUUAGUAUUUCUUUGCCUGGUCUUCGCCUCCACCUUUCAGACUAAGUUUGGCACAACUAAGACAGGCUUGGGGGCCAUUGACUACGCUGUUCUCACUUUUGUUGUAGGCCUUUCAGUUCAAGAGGCCAUGGAGGCCUAUAGGCAAGGUCUCUCAAUCUACUUUUUAAAAUGGUGGAACGUUGUAGACACUUUGAUCACUUUCACAUUCCUACUGGCCUACAUAGUUUGGUUGAGUGCGUGGGGAUACUAUGAACAAGAGUGGAAACCAAGAAAGGCUGCGUUUAUCGUGGCUGAUGGCAUAUACGCCACGGCCACCGUAUUGUCCUAUUUCCACUUAGCACAUAUCUUCCAAGUCAAUUCAGUGUUGGGUCCAUUGCAACUGUCACUUUACAGAAUGCUCAAGGACGUCCUUAAGUUUCUUGCCAUUUUUCUUCUGCUCUACAUUGCAUUCGCUACAGGCGUAGUCAAGAUAUAUUCGUAUUAUGUGGCUUGUCAACUAGAACUUCAGAAGCAGGACUACAACGAAUCUACUAAAUACCAAGUGUCUCACCCGUAUGGCAGGCACACUGGAUCUUUCAUUGGAAUGUUUUGGUUGUUACUUGGCAUGGUGGAAGAGGAAAAAAUUGCCGUUGACGAUCCAGCGUUUUACCUGACAUCUACGUUCGGGCGUAUCUUUAUUAUAGGCCACGUGAUUUGCACAGUUAUUGUAGCGUUAAACAUGCUGAUUGCCAUGAUGAACAACUCUUUCGACGGAAUUAUGGAAAAUGCGAUCCUAGAGUGGAAGUUUUCAAGAACUCAGAUGUGGUUGGAAUGGAUCGACAAGGGCAAUUCCAUACCUGUUCCUUUCAACACUGCGUACUAUAUUCUUUACAUCUUCACCCCAAACUUCUGGAAAACUUGCUGCAAAACUCGGUGCAAAAACGCGGGAGAAGGAGGCGGAACUAAAGAAGAGAUAGAAAUAGGAAGGGACAAUCAUGGAGCACAAACGGAUUUGCUCGAAGCUGUUAGUGGAGAACAGACGCGCAUGGAGGUAAUGAAAAGAUUAGUUGAGGAGUAUCUUGUAGAUCGCUACGUAGAUAAAUGGGCGGAGCACAAGGUGAACACACGAGCUUUGCGCCCUUAAACCCUCUCCUUUUCCCCAGUUUUCGUUCCUAAACAGUUCAUUAAAUCUCAUGUUGUACAGAGGAGGGAGAUUGGAUUUAUAUAUACAUUAGCCUCUAUGUGGCGCGAAAAUACGCCCAGAUUCUUGUCCGCGGACAUUGUCUGCUUUAAGCAGCGAACAGUUGGGUAGAGCCAAAUUAAAAUAAAAAUUGAAGCUUCCAUGAACAGAUAAAGUCGGAGGACGGAUAUACGAGCAUGUUCUCUUUCUUAUUGGGGGUUUGGGUUUAAAUGUUCUUCAAAAGGUUUUUGCUACGCGUGGAACGAAACAUUUACAGACAGUAACCGUCAAAAUCGAAUGUUCCUAAUUUUCCAGAGCUACUUCAUUUGCCAACGAGUUUGUCUAGCAUCGAAAUUAGAAAAACGCUUUCCUAACUUGAUACAAUGUCUACAAAAAUAUAGAGGCUAUUAGGCGUUCAUUUCUCUGUUUUAACAGGGUUUAUUCGGCCGCGUAAUGUUUUAGAAAAAAAUCGUGCAUUAACGAAAUAUAACAAUUUGAUGAGUUUCAACUUUUCUAAGAAACAUAGAAAUGUAUUGACCGUAGUGUAAAGUUUUUAUUUGUAACCGGUCGGACAUUUAUAGUCUAUAUUUGGUGUAACUAAUAUCUAGUUAAAAGAGUUCAAGUACCCUUCAUUUUAAUUACUGAGUUAUUGUGUAGGAAUCAGACAUUUUUCUAGCGUCGUAUGGUGGAGUGUGGGGUAGUGUCUUUAAAUAUACAUAUGGACUAUUUACUUUUACGAUAUACUUCUCCAUACUUUGAUAAAAUAUUGUAAAAGGAUAGGAUAGUAUCAUAUUUUUCGGAGCUAAUCGUUCGAUACUUUACUUAUUGAGGAAAGUGCUUCAACUGCAAAUGAUUGUGAAAUUUUAUCUGAAAAUUCUUAAAAAUUUGAGUAAAAAUAGAUAUCAAACAACGUAGAUAAAUUUUCAAUAGUUAUGUAAUAGUCGUAGAACGUUUACAUUUAUGUUGAAGAAGUUGAUGAUGGAUGAUGAAAAAGAUUAUUAUUAUCCUGCCUUGGAUCAUUAUACAACGUGCACACUACGUGACUGGGAACGCUUAAAAGAGCGUUACCAGGAAUUUGAGCGAAGCCCUAUUUUGUGUUGGCAUUCAUCAAUAAAGAACGAUCAUCACAGCAAA